AUGGCGGACGAAAUGUCGCGCCAUGUGGCCGAGCCAGAUGUCGAGGAGCACAUGAGUAUCGGCCGGUACAUCGCUACGCGAUUCACUUCUCUUGUACCCCCGAUGAAUCCUGCGCCGAACCCAUUCAAAGCCCUUACAUUGCUGAACCGAACCCAGUGGCUCAACUUCUCCGUCGCGUUCCUGGGAUGGUCUUGGGAUUCGUUUGAUUUCUUCACGGUCUCGCUGACGACAUCUCAGUUGGCAAAAACGUUCGAUAAAUCAGUCACUGAUAUUACUUGGGGCAUUACACUGGUGUUGAUGCUCCGAUCAGUUGGUGCCAUCACUUUCGGAAUUGCCUCUGAUCGAUGGGGUCGCAAGUGGCCAUUCAUCGUCAACCAACUUCUCUUCGUGGUGCUCGAGCUCGGCGCUGGAUUUUGUCAAACGUAUAAGCAAUUCUUGGCCUGUCGUGCCUUGUUUGGAAUUGCCAUGGGUGGUCUUUACGGCAAUGCGGCAGCCACCGCAUUGGAGGAUUGUCCACCCGAAGCCCGAGGUAUUGUGUCUGGAUUAUUGCAACAGGGUUACGCCUUUGGAUACUUGCUUGCCACAGCUUUUGCUCGUGCGCUGGUCGAUACCACCCCCCACGGCUGGCGGCCGUUGUAUUGGUUCGCGGCCUGUCCACCGGUGCUGAUUAUCAUCUUCCGUUUGUUCCUGGGCGAGACCGAGACAUUCCAGCGGCGCCAGGAAGCGCGUCAAGAGAUGCGUGGUGGUGUCGCAGCAUCCUUCCUGUCAGAAGGCAAGGUCGCACUGAAGCGUCAUUGGCUAAUCCUUAUCUACUUGGUCCUUCUGAUGGCAGGGUUCAAUUUCAUGUCGCAUGGUUCUCAAGACCUCUACCCAACAAUGUUAGAGAACCAAUUCAACUUCUCCAAGAACGCAGUCACUGUCACACAGGUCGUCGCCAAUCUGGGUGCUUUGUCAGGUGGCACCCUAUGUGGGUGGGCCAGUCAAAUCUUUGGCCGCCGCUUCUCAAUCAUUGUCAUCAGUAUUGUCGGCGGUGCCCUACUUUAUCCCUACACCUUCGUCCAGAACAAGAAUGUCAUUGCCGCAGCCUACUUCGAACAGUUCAUGGUGCAGGGCGCAUGGGGUGUGAUCCCCAUUCACCUGAUGGAGCUGUCCCCCGGUUCAAUCCGUACCUUCGCGGUCGGAACAGCAUACCAGCUCGGAAACCUGGUCUCCUCCGCCAGCUCGACCAUCGAGUCCACCAUCGGCGAGCGUUUCCCGCUGCCUCCCACUGAAGAAGCCGCCCACCGCUACGAAUACGGCAAGGUCAUCUGCAUUUUUAUGGGAUGUGUGUUUGCAUACGUUAUCUUGAUCACGUUGGCUGGUCCAGAACGCCUGGGUCGCAACUUUGAUGCUGAACAUGACGCUGACCUCCAAGAGGUUGCGGCUCACCGUGGUAUUGACCAGAAAGAAGGGUAUGGAGAAGAUGCGGAGAAGGCUCGAGUUUCGCACGUUUCUUGA